CAGAAAGGAACAUCGAGUGUAAAAGAAACAUUGCACUUCACCAACAUGGCCAUGAAAUUGGCUUCAGUUCUCCUGCUCAUACAACUGAGUGGUUACUUUAGCUCUGGGACUUGUGGGAAGGUGCUGGUGUGGCCCACAGAAUACAGCCACUGGAUGAAUAUGAAGACAAUCCUGGAUGAACUUGUCCAGAGAGGACAUGAGGUGACUGUAUUGACACAUUCUGUUUCCAUUCUUGUUGAUCCGAAAAAAGCAGCCAGUAUUAAAUUUGAAGUUUUUCCUACAACUUUAACUAAAAGUGAUUUUGAAGAUGUUAUCAUCCAACUGGUCCAUAAAUGGAUAUAUGAUAUUCCAAAAACUACAUUUUGGUCACAUUUUUCACAAGUACAAGAAAUCAUGUGGGAAUUUUCUGAAAUUCUGAAAGAGCUCUGUGAAAAUGUUGUUUUAAACAAGAAAAUUAUGACAAGGCUACAGGAGUCAAAGUUUGAUGUGGUUCUUGCAGAUGUCAUUAGUCCCUGUGGUGAGCUCCUGGCUGAGAUACUUAAAACACCCCUUGUGUACAGUGUCCGCUUCUCUCCUGGCUACGCAUAUGAGAAGCAUGCUGGAGGACUUCUAUUCCCUCCUUCCUACGUACCUGUAGUUAUGUCAGAAUUAAGUGAUCAAAUGACAUUCAUGGAGAGGGUAAAAAAUAUGAUAUACAUGCUUUAUUUUGAUUUUUGGUUCCAAACAAUUAAUUUGAAGAAGUGGGAUCAGUUCUACAGUGAAGUACUAGGCAGACCCACUACGUUCUAUGAGACAAUGAAUAAAGCUGACAUGUGGCUUAUUCGAAACUAUUGGGAUUUUGAUUUUCCUCGCCCUUUCUUACCAAAUUUUCAUUUCAUUGGAGGACACCAUUGCAAACCUGCCAAACCCCUGCCUAAGGAGAUGGAAGACUUUGUCCAGAGCUCUGGAGAAAAUGGUGUUGUGGUGUUUUCUCUGGGGUCGAUUGUUGGUAACAUGACAGAAGAAAGGGCCAAUGUGAUUGCUUCAGCCCUUGCCCAGAUCCCACAAAAGGUUCUAUGGAGAUUUGAUGGCAACAAACCAGAAACCUUAGGACCCAAUACUCAGCUGUUCAAGUGGUUGCCUCAGAAUGACCUUCUUGGUCAUCCAAAAACCAAGGCUUUUAUAACUCAUGGUGGAGCCAAUGGCAUCUUUGAGGCCAUCUACCACGGGGUCCCCAUGGUGGGCAUUCCUUUGUUUGCGGAUCAACCAGACAACAUUGCUCACAUGAAGGCCAAGGGAGCUGCUGUUAGAUUGGACUUUGAGACAAUGUCAAGUACAGAUUUGCUCAGUGCUUUGAAGACAGUCAUUAAUGACCCUAUGUAUAAAGAGAAUGCUAUGAAAUUAUCAAGAAUUCAUCACGAUCAGCCCAUGAAACCUCUAGAUCGAGCAGUCUUCUGGAUCGAGUUUGUCAUGCGCCACAAGGGAGCCAAACACCUUCGGGUUGCAGCCCACGACCUCACGUGGUUCCAGUACCACUCUUUGGAUGUGAUUGGGUUCCUGCUGGCCUGUGUGGCAACUGCUAUAUUCAUCUUCACAAAGUGUUGUCUGUUUUUUUGGCUGAUGUUUGUUACAGCAGGAAAGAAGGAAAAAAGGGAGUAAUUAGAUUUAGGCUUGAAACUAUAAUCUCUGAUAGAUGGGAGUCCUUCAGUUUAUUUGAGCAAGAAGAGUUUGUGAUGUAAGAUUCCCUUCCUCCUGUGACUGCUUGAUUUUUCACAAUCUAGUUUGUAAAAUCAAAGUUUGUUUAUGAAAUAGUUGAUACUUUUUUUAAAGUUAGAAAUGUUUUAUUGUGAAGUGAAAAGAAAAGCUGGGGGAAAAUAAAAAAAAUUAAA